AUGAUACAUCUCUCCCAGAAACAGGCACUGAUGCUAACACUCAUGGCUGGCGUUCGCCCUUGGAGUCGAGCAGUGACACGAGCAUUGAGCACUUCAGCACCAGUUGGUACCUCUGCUGCUGCUGCGAGCUUGUUAAAGAAUCCGUCUCUGCUGGCUGUUGCUUCGGGCAAGUCUCUUUUGGAUGUUUUCAACCCCGCCAAGCCUGAUGAAAUAGUGGGGCAAGUCCCAAUCCAGGGGGGAGAGGAGACUCGUCAAGCAAUUGAACGAUCCUACCAUGUUCUGCCUUCAUGGAGAGAUGGAACCACAGCUUCCUUCCGAUCCAAUCUACUAUCGAAAUGGUCUGGCCUCAUUCAAGAAAAUGCCGAUGACUUGGCCAUCAUUAUGACACUCGAAUCGGGGAAACCGCUUGCCGAAUCCAGGGGAGAAGUUAACUAUGCCACCAGUUUCUUGGACUUUUAUGCGGCAGAAGCAGUGAGAUCUACAGGUGCUGGAGGAGGCUUCAUGAUUCCCACGCCCUUUGCAACAACCAAUGGUGCUCCACGAGGUCAAAUCAUGGCCAAGCAACAAGCCGUUGGGGUUACUGGGUUGAUCACACCGUGGAAUUUUCCUAUUGCCAUGAUCACGAGGAAAGUCGGACCUGCGUUGGCGGCAGGGUGCACGGCCAUUGUCAAACCUUCCGAGUUGACACCUUUGACAGCAGUGGCCCUUCAAAAUUUGGCAGAGCAAGCUGGGAUUCCGGAAAAUGUGCUUCAACUGAUCACGACGGACAAAUCCUCUACUCCUCAAGUGGGGGGCGAACUGUGCACGAAUCCUCUGGUACGAAAGCUGAGUUUCACUGGAUCCACAGCCGUCGGAAAGCUCCUGAUGAAGCAGAGCAGUGACACUGUCAAGCGCCUAUCUCUCGAGCUAGGAGGAAAUGCACCAUUUGUAGUCUUUGACGAUGCCGAUAUCGAUCAGGCCGUGACUGCCGCCAUGGCAUCCAAGUUCCGCAAUGCCGGUCAAACGUGUGUUUGCGCCGACCGAUUCCUGGUGCACGCCGCGGUUCAUGAUGAGUUUGUGGACAAGUUUGUGGCAGCAGCUCAGAAACUAGUAGUAGGACCCGGCCUGGACAAGGAGACUACCAUGGGGCCAAUGAUUGUAGCAGACGCUGUCACGAGGACUCAUCAGAAAGUGCAAGAGGCAUUGGAACGGGAUGGGGCUACAUGUGCGCUGGGAGGAUCGCCCAUGGAAGAUUUGGGACCUCAUUUUUAUCAACCCACCAUCUUGACGGGCGUUUCUCCAGAAUCAUCCAUCUGGAAGACAGAAACAUUUGGCCCCGUUGCCCCGAUAAUCAAGUUUGACGUAGAAGAGGAAGCCUUGCGGCUUGCCAAUGACUCCGACGUUGGCUUGGCUUCAUACUUUUGCACUCGAGACCUCAGCCGAGCCUUCCGUUUUUCGGAACAGUUAGAGUGUGGGAUUGUGGGUCUCAACGAUGGCAUAAUUUCCUCUUGUGCAGCGCCAUUUGGUGGCAUAAAAGAGAGCGGGCUGGGACGUGAAGGCAGCUCCUUGGGAAUUGCAGAGUAUCUCGAAACCAAAUACAUCUUCAUGAACACCUGA